AUGGGGGCGGAGGAAUACUUUCCCAUAACGGAGCGUUCCUUCGACCUUCUUAUCCGCCAGUACGAGAUUGAGGCGGCUGCAGCUCGUGCGGAUGCCGUUGCGGGGGGAGAAGAUGCCACCGAGAGUGGUAGAGAGUUGGCGCUGAUGGCACAGUACAUUGAAGACCUCGCCAGCGACGCAAGGCGGCUGCGUCGCAAAUUGCAGGCUUGCGGUGGCGACGCAGAGGCGACACCAAAUUGGUCGACAGAAGAUGUAACCAGCCUGCGUUUAUUGGGGUUUGAUGUAAGCGGCAUAACUGUGGCUGCAGUGGAAAAGGGCUGUGUGAGUGCACAUAGUACUCCCGCCGAGCAGCAUCCCAAGAUGCCCAACUUGGAUAAAUUGCUUGCGAUGGAAAAGAAAAUAAAUCAGCUGCAGACAAAAGUAGAUGAUUUGACGGCAGUAAAUGAUGCACUACGUCAAAUGGUGGCACAUCAAACUUGCACGGGAGGCCAGUCCCAAGGAGAGGAACGUGGCGUUUCCGAUGCAGUAGUUGCCCUUACAGAGGGGUUUAAGGCCUUGAAGGCUGCCUACAUGAGUAAACGCGACAUGUAUUGUAUGGCGCAAGAGACGCAAAAAAAGUCUACCUUUACAUUUCGUGACAUUUGCCCCAAGGACCAUACGGUGGACAACACGGACGUGGAGUUUCCAGCGUAUUCAACUAGGGGUGUUGCAGAUGCCCUUUGCACUCUCCGCACUGUGAGCUCCUGUCAAUGUGUGCGAUACUGCGUUGCAGCAGAUGCUUCUGACAUGGCUGAUGCAAUUGAUGUAGCUGUGGUUCAGCUGCUUAAUGGGCUUGGUUUCCCGUUUCCUGUGUCAAUACGGCGUCUUGGCGCGAGAGGAGACUAUUUUAUUGAUCGCCGCGUUAAAAUCAAACUUGUGGGGCACCAGCUGGUUGUACGGCCAUGGCUGGCUUCAGGCGCUCAUCAGGGGUUGUCUGCCGACGGCACGCGCCGACCAGGCUACGAACACUUGGCGAAGUAUCUCAUUCACCUCUACUCUCCUGCUCUGGAUUUGGACAGGGUCGCAAACGGUGGAGGAGGCGAUGACGAGGAGGAACAUACUGCGGAAGGAGCUUGUGGCAACGACAUUGUGACGCUGAAACGACAACAGCGGGAGCUUCAGCAGGCGUUGGAGAAGCGUUGUGCGCAGAUGCAUGCAUAUCAGAAACAGCUGGAGGCGGGUCUUUCUCCGUCAUCGAAUGCAGGACCGUUGAGAGGCGAUGCGUCAGACUCUUCUGUGGAGGUGUUAGUCGGACAAGGUCCUCGAAUGGUCGAGGAAACCACUUCUCACCCAAAGUCUCGUCCAUUUACAGGAACAAAUGAGCGUGUUGCCCAUAUACUUCGCUUAAUAGAAGUGCAUGGACGAGUUCCUAACUUUUCGCGUUUUUCCGAGUGA